UAUGCAUGUGAGAAUGAGUCUUUCUGGGCCCUCCCUGGUCUCGGAUGUGAGAAUGCAGACAAGCUAGGAAAUGCUGAUCCUGCCAUAAAUUAGACAAAGGAACUAAACCGAAGGGAUCCUUUGUCACAAAAUCCUCCUGACCUCCCAUUCCAAAUGAGGUAAUGCACAAAGAAAACUCAGAAGCCACGACCAUUUGGUUCCCUAUCCUCUGGAGGUUUUGACGUCUGCAGCAGGAAGCCCUUCCCCCUUCUGAGUUUUGAUAGCACAUGACUUUAAAGAAGAAAGAGAAGGGAGGGGAAGUGAUUUUCAGAGUUAGUGGUCACACAUCUUUUUUGUCAUUGUUUUGUUGUUUGUUUAUUGAUCUCUCAGCCUCCCCUCUCUCUGUUCCUUCCCAGCCCCUGUCUGCCUCCUAAGCCCCUCUCAGUGUCAUCACACACACACACACACACACACACACACACACACACACACACCCCAAUCCACUGCUCCUCCAUUUCCCUUCAGGAAAGAGCAGGCUUCUUCCCAGUGGUUUUAACCUAACAUAAAACAACAAGAUACAAUAAGACUAGACACAAAGCCUCAUGGUAAGGUUGGGACAAGGCAACCCAGGGAGAAAAGGUUCCCAAGAGCAGGCGCCAACUCUUUUUUCUUUUUCUAUUUUUUUUUCUAUUUUUUUCAGAGCUGGGGACCGAACCCAGGGCCUUGUGCUUGCUAGGCAAGCACUCUACCACUGAGCUAAAUCCCCAACCCCGCGCCAUCUCUUUUUAAGGCAGGACAUAUUCUUUCUUCUGAAAAAAGAUGCCUGGCACUGAGUUUCCAGUCCAACACAUUUCCUUUCAUGAAUGUUCCAGACCAUACUCUCUCAGCAACCACUGCCUGAAUGUGCAGAAUCUCCCAGGUGCUUGAAUAGAUAGGAUUUAUGAACCUAGACUUCUAAAUCGCUGUGUUCUGUUUUCCCUGUUCCAAUGAGGGGCAGGGAAGUUGGCCGGAGGUAAAAAAUAAAAAUGCUUCUGUAUUUUAAUUAACGAGAGAAAAAGUUGUGGUGUUGUAGAAAGAAUUAGGCAGGAGUGGCCAGUUUAGUUCAGUGUAGGAAAGAGCCUCCUCACCUCGUGGGUGGGUGCUCCGUGGCCUGCCACUGUGGAUCCCUCUAGACUGGAUGAGUUUCUUCAGGCUUACAGCCCCCACCUGUCCCAGAGGAGAAACAAGACUGAGGGUCAAGUUGCUGCUCUAUUUUGGAAGCCAAGUCAGAAGAAGAGCGCCUCCAUCUCAUCCGGGGACUUCUGGCUGAGAACAAGGACCAGCAGGAGGGAUUUUUAACAGAAAUAAAGACAACGUGGAAAUGGCUAUGGGUGAUGUCACCAAGUUCUAGCAGUCCCAUCUGUUGGUUGAUUGACACCAAGGAUGGGGUGGUGGGUGGGAAGGACUGAAAUUUCAGGUCGGAUGGAACCCCAACACCCUCUGGUUCACAAGACAGAUCCAGAACAUAUGAUAGCGGAGAGAUGAGGGCUUGAGCACCGAUCUUCUCUGGGCCCCUCCCAUGCUGGACUCACGCGAGGGGCCAGCCUCCUCCUCGGUAGUGAUCCGGCCCAGAUAGCGCCCUAGGUGCCAGGUCGGGUUCCCGAUCACACCGAUGCGCUUUAAGAGGCUGAGCUGUGCUUUCGCCUCCUUCGCGCGUCCUUCCAAGGGAGCUAGCCUUUGUCCAGCCGGGUGCCUAGAGCCCGGCAGCAGGGGCUUGAGGCUCGGGUGGGGCGCCGGCCUCCGGGCGAGGCCGCUCGCGCGCGGGGCUGGCCGCUGUCCGCGGUGCUGAAGCGGCGGGCGCGGCGGGGAGGCGGGCCCCCGGCGCAGCGCAUCUCAGACCCCAGCGCCGCCCUCCUCGCGGACUCACCGCGGCGGCAGCCGGCACAGCACCGAGACGCGCUGAGAGCGCGGCGGGAAGGUGGAGGCUGACUGAGUCCCCGCGGUCCCGGGGCCGGAUCCACAUCCACUCUGGAGAGCCCCUCCCUGGGAUGACUCUGGGGACGACGACGAAGAGCCUGCUGCCCCUGCUGACAACAGUGAUCUCCACCACACUCUUAAGACCCUCUCACUGAAGCUAGACGACCUCGGCACGUGCAAUGACCUCAUUGCCAAGCAUGGCGCUGCCCUCCAGCGCUCCCUGAAUGAGCUGGACAGUCUUAAGAUCCCAUCAGAGAGUGGGGAGAAGCUGAAGGUUGUGAACGAGCGGGCCACCCUCUUCCGCAUCACAUCAAAUGCUAUGAUCAACGCCUGUAAGGACUUCCUGGAACUAGCGGAGAUUCACAGCCGGAAAUGGCAGCGGGCUCUGAAUUAUGAGCAGGAGCAACGAGUCCACCUGGAGGAAACCAUUGAGCAGUUGGCCAAGCAGCACAACAGUCUUGAACGGGCCUUCUGCAACACCCCUGGCGGGCCAGCCAGCUCCAGCAAGAGCUUCAGCGAGGGAAGCUUCUUGACUUCCAAAGGGGAGAACAGUGAAGAAGAUGAAGAUACUGAGUACUUUGAUGCCAUGGAAGACUCCACAUCUUUCAUCACCGUAAUCACCGAGGCCAAGGAAGACAGCAACAUCAUCAAUCCUUAUGGUUCUGCAACCAGGGUGAACCUGCUCUCCUCAUCUCCAAGGGUUCUGGGCUCCAUACAGUCAACUGCUUCCUGCCCGUCUCCUGAGGCUCUGGCUGCCUGGCUGAGCCACACUGCCCAUCCACAGGCUCCUAGAGCCCGGGCCCAUCAGCCUCAGUGCCCCUGCAGAAAGCCUGAGGGUGGACCUGGGACGACCUCUGUGGACUGGACCUCAGCAGAUAAUGUACGUGAGGUAUUAGAUGGUGCCUCAUUCAUGCCCAAGGAUUCAUGCAAAGUGAAGAGGCGAGUCCGGAUCCCUGACAAACCCAACUAUAGCCUUAACCUCUGGAGCAUCAUGAAGAAUUGCAUUGGCCGAGAGCUCUCCCGGAUCCCCAUGCCGGUGAACUUCAAUGAGCCCCUGUCCAUGCUCCAGCGACUUACAGAGGACCUCGAGUACCACCACCUGCUGGACAAGGCGGUGAACUGCACCAGCUCUGUGGAGCAGAUGUGCCUGGUGGCUGCCUUCUCGGUGUCCUCCUACUCCACCACCGUGCACCGCAUCGCCAAGCCCUUCAACCCGAUGCUGGGGGAGACCUUCGAGUUGGAUCGCCUGGAGGACAUGGGCCUGCGUUCUCUCUGCGAGCAGGUGAGCCAUCACCCCCCGUCUGCUGCCCACCACGUGUUCUCUAAGCAUGGCUGGAGCCUCUGGCAGGAGAUCACCAUCGCCAGCAAGUUCCGGGGGAAAUACAUCUCCAUCAUGCCACUUGGUGCCAUCCACCUCGAAUUCCAGGCCAGUGGCAAUCACUACGUGUGGAGGAAGAGUACCUCCACUGUGCACAACAUCAUCGUGGGCAAGCUCUGGAUUGACCAGUCAGGGGACAUUGAGAUUGUGAACCACAAGACCAAGGACCGGUGCCAGCUGAAGUUCGUGCCCUACAGCUACUUCUCCAAAGAGGCAGCCCGAAAGGUGACUGGAGUGGUGAGCGACAGCCAGGGCAAGGCCCACUACGUGCUGUCAGGUUCCUGGGAUGAGCAGAUGGAGUGUUCUAAGAUUGUGCACAGCAGCCCCAGCUCUGAUGGGAAGCAGAAAACCGUGUACCAGACGCUGCCAGCCAAGCUGCUAUGGAGGAAAUACCCACUGCCGGAGAACGCGGAGAACAUGUACUAUUUCUCGGAGCUGGCCCUGACCCUCAACGAGCAGGAGGAGGGCGUGGCGCCCACCGACAGCCGCCUGCGGCCGGACCAGCGGCUGAUGGAGAGGGGCCGCUGGGACGAGGCCAACACCGAGAAGCAGCGCCUGGAGGAGAAGCAGCGCCUGAACCGGCGACGGCGGCUGGAGUCGUGCACGGCCGGCUGUGGCGGGGAGGAAGAGAAGGAGUCAGAUGGCUAUUCGCCGCUGUGGUUCGAGAAGAGGCUGGACCCGCUGACCGGGGAGAUGGCCUGCAUAUACAAGGGCGGCUACUGGGAGGCCAAGGAGAAGAAGGACUGGCACAUGUGCCCCAACAUCUUCUGAGCCACUCCUGCGGAAAAUACAGGCACCUGCACUGCCUGUCAGACUUUUCUUUAAUGCACCCGAUUUAAUACAGAACCCACCAAUGCGUGUGUGCGCACGCGCGUGACCACACCGCUUAAGAAGGGGUAAGGGCUGACCUGGGUUCUUGCCAGCCCCAGGUCGCCGGGUCACGUGUGCCCGUUGUUAUCAUUGACUUGGGCCCCAUGGGCACCCUAGUUCCCAGUUACCACAACUCAGGCCGGCUGGCCGGGCCAUGGGCUGCCCAGGUCACUAACCCCAACCCAGGGAGGAAAUAUUUCCCUCCUAGGGAGCCUCUUUUGACUUUUUUAAGAAAAAAAAAUAUCCAUUUCUUUCCAACGAUGAGGUUUAGUAAAUAUUUUUAGCACAUCACUUAGAAGACUCACUUUCCAAGUGUUCGUUCUUGCCACAGAACGGUUCUGGCAAGAAGCCCGUUUUUAAAGACCUGAGGAAGCCAGGCCCCUUUGAAUGGGGAACACUUCAAACACAGCCCGGCUUUCUAGCUGGACUGUCCAAGCUCCAGGAGCGCAACACCCGCAGAGACAGCAGGAAGCCUGGCUGGCCGGCCCAGCAUGGCAUGCAGAGCCCGAAGGGGGAAGGCAGUCAAAGGCAGCCGCCCCCCCCCCCCCGUGCCAGGCCUUGGCCAUGGUGGGGCAGUAUCCCAGUCCCAAAGAGGCCAGGAAGGGCUGAAAGGCAGGGCCCUUAGGUGCUUCCUGCCCAAGAAUCAGGCCCCCAAAUCAGCAAUAAGGAACAAACCCUUCCUUUAGCCUGGGCUGGUGACCCAGGCUCCCAACACCUGGCCUCCCGCCUUGUCCUUCGGCGGCAUCAGGGUGCCUCACUCCGAAGUCCUGACAUCUUUAUUUGCCUAAUUUAUAUAUAUAUAUGAUAUACAAAUAUAUAUGACAUAGCUAUUUUGCUUAAAUUUCUAUGAUACGUGAAAGUGAAAAAUGAUGAAGACAGACUGCCUGUCUGAGUUUGGCCUCCUGCCAGCCCCGCCCUCUCCUUGUAGCCCUCCCAGUGGCUUCUGCCAACCUUAGAAAUGAAACCUGCCCCUCAGACCCUCUGCCUCCAACCCAUCUCACUUCAGUUUGAUCUGGAAAGUUCAUUGCAGGGCCUUUCUUUCUACUCCAGGCCUGGUUUUGUUUUUUGUUUUGUUUUUUAUUAAAAAAGAAAAAGAAAACACCACGUAUGAAAUGCCUUACAAUGCCCACUCUAGAGAGGGGGUGGGAAGGGCGGGGGAGGGAAGGUCACUCGGUCUCCCUCAGAGCUGGAAUGUACCCCUUCCCAGCAGGCUGAGCAAGCAAGCACCUUCUGAUCAUAAUAAAAACCUUGGUUCUGGAGUUUUCCACA